AUGGCCAGUGCAGAAGAAGUUCCGGUUCCCUUGGACCCGGAAGAAGAGAACUUGCUCUUUGGGCAAGGUGGCCAGGCUCAACCGGGUGUUGAACCACAGCAAGCUCCGAACCCAGCUCAGGCUGGUGGAGCUGCCUCACAGCCCAUGCAAGGCGGAACAUAUGCUCAGGCAACGCCCGUUGCCCCCCCAGUAAGUGUAGGGUUGGACCCUACUUUGCAGCAGAUGCUUGUGCAAAUGUUGCAAACACAACAAGAAAUGAUGAGGGCGAUGAAUCGCCGCAUGGACGAAGAAGAAAGGAGAAGAAAGCAGUUGGAAGAUGCUCAUGCGUCUGUGGCGAACCCGUUUGGUGCCGCAACAGCGUCAGGAAGUCCAACUGGAAGUCCACAUGCUGGACCCCCGGCAUCCCCCGGUCCAUCCACUGCCCCUCCGCCGAGCGGCGGUGGUGGUGGAAACCGAGCAGAGAAGUACCUGCCUUCGCUUCCUUUGCUGGAUGCCCCCAAGAUGGGGAAAGGCCGGUUGGUUGACGAUGCGUAUGUCACUGAGCUGAGGGAAGCUAUCCUGUUGGACCGCGAGAUCCGGCAAACAGCUUUGCCCGUGCAGGUUCUGCCCCUUCCACUGCUCAUCAGACCAGCCCGUGGUGCAAUCCGUGGAAGGAAGUCUGUGCCUCGACCUGCUCAUCACCGACCUUGCUUCGAUCCAUUGGCUGCCAUCUCUGAACUGUAUGGGCGUGACGAUGUGGCUGGCCCUCUUCAGGCACAGAAACAGAUCAUCAGCGCGGUCUUGGCAGGAUUCAGGCCACUGAGGCCGAUUUUUCGCGGCGCCCGUCCUUCUGUCCCCGAUGUGGAAAUUUCUCUGCUGCCUGCGCUGGAUGAUGAGGCAACUGAAAUACCGGCAGUGGCUGUUAGGCCGGAGCCCUCUGUGGAGCCGGAUUCAUCUAGUGAUUCUGAACCCGAGGCGGCCAAGGAUGUUCCACCUCCGCUGCUGCCAUCGACCAAUACCGUGGGCGCUGCAUGGGAUGAGGUGGCGACGACGCAGAGUGGCGGCAAUUCUCCGACUCUCUGCCCGAUCCCGUGCGACACGUUGCCGUUGCCGGACGAGGCGGGUUUCGAGCUAGGUGUUGGGUCUCCGCAAGGCUCUCUGGAGGCCUUGGAUUUUCAGGAAGUGGCAGCCUCAGGCGUGCCUGAGACUGUUCCAGCUCAAUCGGUGUUUGCCCCUGGCUGCAUUGACUCCGAUGUGGAUGAGUUUGGGUUUCUUCUCAAUCCGGUGACGAAGGUGGUUCAUGUGGCAAAGACUUGCUCUGUUGUGGCGUACGUGGUUGCCUUCGUGAGGGCGUUUUGCUGCGAAGCCAAGAAAUCCCGAAAGGAUUCCGGAUGCUGGGGAAAUCAGUUCUCGUCCAUGCAGCCCGCCGGGAUCCCGCGGACCCGUCUGAGGCCUAGCUGUCUUGCGACGGCAGUCCGUGUCGACGAUGCGGCUUUCUUUGAGACGAUGCUUACGCAGUGGGGUGUCGGUUCGACUGUGCAGGCCGCUCUGAAAGCCAAAGGGUUUGAUACGUUGUCUUUGGUGGCUCAUGCUUUGCCACAGCCGGACCAAUUGGAGUCCUUUGUCGUUUCCAUACUCGGCCGCCCGGCCGGCGCGGCUCCAGAGGAUCCUGUCCUCACACCGGACGCUGCAGCCCUGAGACGCGUUGUCAAAGAGUCUUGCAGGCUGGCUGCUGGGCCAUCGGCGGGGCCGUCACCUCUUGUGCAGUUGCUUGGUUCAGCCAAGCCCAAGUUCACUUUGGCUGAAGUCACUAAGUUGAUCGCAGAUUUUUCUGCAAAGUAUCCCUCGGAAUUCCUUCGCCCAGAUUCUACACCAAGUGUCUCCCUGCUGCUUCGAGUGAAGGAAGGCCUGGACAACAAGUGUCUUUCAUGGACCCCUUGGCGACUCAGGACGUCCGAACAGGAAGUGUCUGUAGUCGAGCAGCGCAGGCCACGGACGGACAUGGCCAUGCUAGCGUCCCUGCUAGCGGUUCAGGAGACUGGUUCUUGUGAAGCGCAUGUUCCCACGAACGGCCCCGUUGAGCCUGCCCUUCGCAAGUUUGUGGGUAUUUUGCGCACGGCUAUUGCUCUCCUUGACGGCAUGCAUCUUCUGCCGCUGAAGAAGAUGCUUGAGAAGUUUGUCAUGUUGGCGACCCAGGUGCCUCAGGACAAAUCCUUGCGUUGCCCUAUGCUGCAAAAGGUGAUUGAGGCGGAUAAGGUUCUGUGGGCUGGGAUUGCCGUGCUGCAGGCUGAACACUCUUGGUCUCUGGCGGACGCCGUUGCGGAGAUGACGCAGAUCCGACCUGACCUUCAUGCUGCUCUGGCUCCACGUGUCAAGUCGCAAGUGUCCCUGUCCAAUUGGGCUCGCCAAGUGGACGGGGCAGGCGCCGGAGGAGCUCCUCAUGCUUCGGUUGUUUUCCAGGAGGAGGCACCUCCCGAUUUUGGUCCUCAGUCCAGUGCUACUGGUGCAAAGCUUCUUGCGCAGGAUUUGCUUGCUGCGGAUGGCGUUCUGUCCUGUGGUUCCGCGCUGAAACUUUUUGAUUUGGUGGUCUCGGAAGCACCGGAUGUUGACGGCCGCUUCUCUGGGAGUCGUUCACUGUCGGCCGGUCUCCGUUCCAGGGGCUCCACAGGUGCCUGGAACUGGGCGCAGGGAAUUUCAGCUUCGCGCUGGGCCUGGCUCGGGCCAGGGGCGCAGAAGGAGCACCACACCUGGUUCGACGUCGUGCGUGAUUUGGAGCAAGAUGAUGCUCCGACAGAGGAGGGUCAGAAGCUUGUUCCUGUGAGCCUUCUGAAAUUCAUCCGCAGCAAGUGCGUCCACAUCCACGAUGUGAGAAUGGACUUGCAGUUGCGGAGGAGGCUGCUUAACGAGCCUGUCUUCCUUUUGCGGUUUCCGACACUUGCUCUUCGAUGUUGGCUGGCGCUGCUGCAGGUCCUGGACGAGAUACAGAAGAACGAUCAGCACGUACAACUGCGGGAGUUCUUCGACCGUCCUGUUGAGGCCGAUGUGUUCCGCAGUUUGGACAAGAGGCAGCAUGAGUGGCUGUGA